UGUGCGUUUUUGCUCCUCUUCGGCGGCUGUGUUCACUACUACUUUAUUUGGUUCGCCUAAUUAUAUAAAUAUAUAUUUAUUUUAAAUCGAUAGAAUUAGAAAUGGGGGACCGGCUCGUCGUAGCUCGCAGCAGUCACCCCUCCGGAGCAGCCGGUGAACCCUUAGGGUAAUAACCGGAUCAUCAUCUGUUUCGAGGGGGGUGGGGGUUAAUAUUUCAAAGUAGUUCUGGCCCAGGGUGAACUAUUAUUUUGAAGGUAUCUCAUGCUCCUCCUUUGUGACAGCAAUCUCCCGUUUGAGCUGCAAAGUCGGUCGUGUUUAAAAACUCAAUAUAAUAUCUCGUCUACUGCGGGGAUUUUUCUUUAUUCUUUAAAUUGGUGCAUUUCCAGGUGUCUCUUUUUUUCUCGUGACGCCCCCAUAUUUAUCCUAAAAAAAGACAUACAAUUUAAUUUUUAUUUAUUUAUCCACUGGUUUUUUCCCAGACUGAAUCAGACUUUUUUUUUUCUUUCCUCUCCGGGAUUGCCCCAGUCAUCCCCAACCCCACGGAUAGGAAUUACUAGCUCCUUCACCACCUCCUCCUCCUAUUUUUUUGUUUUUGUUUUUGUCUUUCUUCCACCAUGAGUUACAUCCACAAGAUAUUGUAUGUUUUGCUACGUGGACUCGUCAUCUAUGCGGUACUGGGCUCGGAGUGCACUAAUUCGAAUCAUCUACCCGGCCACGCGUCGGAUGCUGCACAUGGAGCCGCCACAGACCCCUGUCUCGCAGCGAUGCCGCCAUGCAUAGGCGAGGACGACCGCUUCAGUCUGGAGGCGCUGCGGCUCAUCCACAAACAGCUGGACGACGACAACGACGGCGGCAUCGAGGUCAACGAGAGCGUGGAGUUCAUAAUAGAAGACAUGAAGCAGCAGCAGACCAACAAGCACAGCAACCUGCACCGGGAAGACCAGCACAUCACCGUGGAGGAGCUGUGGAAGGGCUGGAAGAGCUCCGAGGUCCACAACUGGACCGUGGAGCACUCGGUGCAGUGGCUGAAGGAGGCGGUGGAGCUGCCGCAGUACGAGAAGAACUUCCGGGACUUCGGGGUCACGGGGAACACUUUACCUCGAAUGGCGGCGAAUGAACCGUCGUUCAUAUCGAUGCAGUUGAAGAUAUUAGAACAGCGGCACAAACAGAAACUAAACCUAAAGGCGCUGGAUGCAGUGCUGUUCGGCCCUCCUCUCCGUCCGCAACACAACUGGAUGAAAGACUUCAUCCUCAUGGUUUCCAUAGUGAUUGGCGUCGGGGGCUGCUGGUUUGCCUACGUGCAGAACAAGUCCAGCAAGGUGCACAUGUCUCAGAUGAUGAGGGAUCUGGAGAGCCUGCAGAACGCAGAGGAAAACCUCCUGGACCUGCAGAGCCGGCUGGAAAAGGCUCAGGAGGAGAACCGGACGGUGGCCGUGGAGAAGCAGAACCUGGAGCAGAAGAUGAGGGACGAGAUCAACGGGGCCAAGACGGAGGCUUACCGGCUCCGGGAGCUGCGGGAGGGCGCCGAGUGCGAGCUCAGCCGGCUGAAAUACGCCGAGGAGGAGCUCGUACAGGUGCGUAAGGCCCUGAAGCGGGCGGAGAAGGAGAUGCACUCGGAGCGGUCGGUGCCCGAGGCGCUCCAGAAGUGGCUGCAGCUCACGUACGAGGUGGAGGUCCAGUACUACAACAUCAAGAAGCAGAACGCCGAGUUUCAGCUGUCCGUCGCCAAAGAAGAGGCAGAGAAAAUCAAGAAGAAGCGCGGCUCUGUGUUCGGGACGCUUCAGGUGGCCCACAGCUCCUCCCUGGACGAGGUGGACCGCAAGAUACUCGAAGCAAAGAAGGCCCUGUCGGAGGUGACGGCGUGCCUGAGGGAGCGGCUGCACCGCUGGCAGCAGAUUGAGAAGCUCUGCAACUUCACGGUGGUCAACAACUCGGGGCUGCCGACGCUGACGGCCAGCCUCUACUCGGACCACAGCUGGGUGGUGAUGCCGCGGGUCUCGGUGCCCCCCUACCCCAUCGCCAGCGGAGUGGAUGACCUGGACGAGGACACGCCUCCCAUCAUUCCACAGUUCACGACGGCCACGCUGAUCCGGCCCUCGCUGAUGCGCAGCAGCAGCCUGUGCCGUUCCCGCCGCAGCCUGCUGAGCUCGCCGCAGUCCUCGCUGAUGUCCGCGGACCCCGACCUGCUGUCCAUGGCCGGCUCGUCCCUCUCCUAUCGCGCCGAGGCAGACGACGAACAUAUCAUGUUCAGCUCGGAUAGGAGGGGGUAUGUAGCGGUGGCCGGGACGCCGCGGAAUGCUUUUACAGUUUGGACUCACAGGGAACCGGCUCAGGACUGCAGCUCCGACACGGACUCUCUCGGCUCUUCCUUGGGCCGCAAGCAGCUGCACAGCCCCUGCACGGCGGGCUCGGAGACCCCGUACCGCCGGAUCUCCCGCGAGGAGCUGCUGCUGUUGAGCCAGAGCGGCGAGCUCCCCGCCUCCUGCUGCUCCGCCCACACCAGCAGCACGGGCAGCCUCAGGGGCUCCACCCCGCCUCCCGCUCCCCCUCCCGGCACCCCCUCCGGCCCGCCCUCCACCUCGGCGUCCCCUGCCCUGGAGCGCCGCCCGUUCGCGCACAAAGGCUCGCCCGACAUCACCCGCGGCAUCCCCGAGUCCCAGAGCCUGACCUUCUCGCAGGGCGGCGCCCCCUCCGCGUCCAGCAGGGGGAUGUACAACGGCAUCCUGGAGAAGUCCUACAGCUACGGCCAGCUGCCCACCAGCAUGCUGCCCCACGCGGGCCGCUACCCGUCUCUGACCUCCCUGGACUCGGAGGGCCGCGGCAUGGGCAGGGAACACAAGCUCCAGAGCACCUCGUCCCAGGACUCCAGCGACAACGGAGAGAAAAUCAAGCGCUCCUCCUCGAAAAUCAAGAGCUUAUUUAAGAAGAAGAAAUAAAAAAAUAAAAACUUGCAGAGGUGAGGUCGUGUAUGAGAGAGAGAGAGGAAUAAUAUAAAGAGUUGUUUUAGCCCUAAUACACACACACAAAAAAAUAUUGACAUCACUGUAAGCUAAAACAUUACAUUUUCUCUCAUGUUUUCUUCAUCAAAGACGGAAUGUAGUCUGGGCGUCUUUAAACUCUUCAGACUGGUAGCCUUAUUUUUCAAUAAUGCCUUUUUAUUUAGUUCACUCACGUGGGAAACUGACAUGGGUCAAGGAAAGGUCAAAGGUCAUGAUAUAGUCAUCCAGACACCCCCCCGCCCCAAAAAAAUAAACGUGACCCGUCUACAGUCAUUUGAACCAAAAGGAUGUGUGAGGGUCUGAUGGUGCAGUCCAUACGUGUGUUUAUUAUCAAGUACAUAAAUAUGUUCGGACUCUGUGGCGACGGCGUUACAUCACCGUGACAACCGGCUCAUCGGACGUCCGACGCGCUUUCCUCCGCCGGUCGAAUGGCGGAUUCCGGCUUGCGAAGCGAUCGAGUCGUAAACUCACGACCUCGAUCUAUUCGCCUUCAGAAAUAAUCCCGCUAAAAAGGUUCGUUGCACUACUGCUCUCCUGAUAUUUCGGGGAGAUACGUCGUCCGCCGCUCGCGAACGAAAUAUUGAAUAUAGGUAUAGAGGUGAGAGGCGGCGUGGCAGUGGAGACGCAGCACAGCAUCGGCAUGGGUCUCUCAAUAUAUAUAUAAAUUAUAUAUAUAAAAUGUAUAUAUAUAUAAAUAUAUAUACACACUUUGUUUUCACGUGGUUAUGUUCUUAGAGAUGUUUUUAAAAAGAUUUAUAUUGGUGGGGAUUCCUCCUGUAUGAACUGAUCCUGACCGGAGAGUUUAUUGAAUAUGCAGAUUUAACCCGCACCAGUCAGUUUUCGUAAAAAUCUAGCCGUCCCGUACUACUUGACCCCCCCCUGUAGGCAAGCCAACCACCAUCUCAAGUAGCCUGUCCCCUUGUGCAGAUUUGGUAAACAUGUCUCGUCGUGUUCGGAGGGCCGUACUCAUGCCACAUCUUAGGGAUACGCGAGUUCCAAGAAGUCUAAAAAAAAAAAACAUAUUAAAAAGUCUAAUGUAAUGUGACGACAUGGGCCUCUAUCAUCUGUGUUUCCAGGGUUUUAUGUACUAGACAAACACUAAGGAUUAUAUUUCUAUAAAGGAACUAUGUCAUCAAGAUCUGACGGACCACCAUCCUCUCCCCACCACACACACACACACACGAAGCUCGAAGCCGACCCAUGCAAUACGGUUCUGUUCCUCUGGGCCCGCGCCGAGCGCACUGAUGUCAAGAGCUCCUGCUUCACACUGACUUCUGCCUUCAUCCGGGACCUAGUCCGUCACCGCUGCAGCUUCAUAACAAUAAAUAAUAUUUAAAGAACACGUGACGGGAGGUCGGGGGCACGAGGCGCGACGCGAGGAUCCGGUGGUUUCUGUUUUUAGGAUUAGGAAAACGAGCUUGGUGGCAAUACAGCACACAAUGAAGGAGAUGGAAGAGAGACGUGCGAGGCGAGGAUGUAUAUGUUUAUGAAUGUUUACGAGACAUUAGGGUGUUUUUUUGGAGAACAUUUUCUGUGUGAAUAUUUGUAUACUGUAGAAUUAAUAAUAAAACAACAAUGGAGGCAUCAUA